AUGUCCAGCGGAAAGCGAAAAAGACUAACUUUGGCACAAAAAAUUGAAAUUAUAAAAUUUGUGGAAGCAGAAAAUAUUGGAAUACGAGCAGUAGCUGAAAAAUUUAAUAUUGGAAAAACACAGGUUAGUGAUAUAUUAAAAAAUAAAGCUUAUUUAUCACAAUCAUUUGUGGAGCAAGGAAACGAAGAAUCUAAACGCAAUUUUCCAAAAUCGGGCGGUGAAAUAAUCGACACAGUGAUAUUUCAAUGGUACCUACAUGCUCGUGUCAACAGUUUUCCAAUUUCGGGUCCAGUACUGAAAGAAAAAGCAUUGGAAUUGGCAUCAGAAGUUGGCCUGAAUGAUUUUAAAGCAUCUAAUGGAUGGUUGCAAAAAUUUAAAGACAGGCAUCGCAUUUCUUAUAGAAAUAUUUAUACAGAUCCUACAUUACUAAAAGAGUGUGAUAUUACAGAAUGGCUAAAUAGUGUAAGAGAAACUAUUAAAGGUUAUAAAGAAUGUGAUAUAUUUAACUGUGAUGAAACCGGUCUAUUUUAUCGAAUUCUUCCUGAAAAUACAAUGAGCUUUAUAAACGAGACCUGUAUUGAUGGAAAUUUAUCAAAGGAGAGACUGACCAUUAUGUUAUGUACUAACAUGGAUGGAGAAUUUGAAAAACCAUUGAUCAUAGGAAAAGUUGGAAAAUAUAAUUGUUUUAAAAACAUUAAUAUAAACAGCCUUGAAAUUGUUUGGAAAUCCAACACUAAAGCAUGGAUGACACGUAACAUUAUGACUGAGUGGCUUUUAGAUUUUGAUUACAGAAUGACUCAAUCAAAAAGAAAUAUAGUUCUUUUUUUAGAUAAUGCAAGUUCUCAUCAUUCGCUUAACAAUCUGCAAUCGAUUAAGCUAAUAUUUUUUCCGCCAUAUUUAUCAUCUUGUCAGCCUUUGGAUCAAGGAAUUUUUCAAAAUUUUAAAAUUCUAUAUCGACAAUGUGUAUUAAAACAUCAUCUAUCAAUAAUAGACAAUGGUUCUGGAUUAAUAAAUAAAAUCAAUGUGCUUCACGCAAUUCUUUGGAUAAAGUAUGCUAUUAAUGAAGUUAAAAGAUCAACAGUUAGAAAUAGUUUCAUUAAAUCUGGUAUCUUGAUCUCAGGUGAAAAUGAAACAGAAGACAAUAUUGCAACUAAUGAUUAUAAAUCAUUGUUGAUCCGCUUGAUUGGCGAUGAUUCAAUUAAUUAUGCAGAGUUAGAUAACAAACUAUUGACCGAAAAUCAAUCAUUAGAUUUAAUCAAAAUAAUGCAAGAACUCAUUGACCCACAAAUAAGUGAUGAAGAUGAUACUGAAGAUGAUACCUCAUAUCUUCUAAAUGAAGAUGUAGUCUUGACAAAUUUAGGUCAAAUUUCUAAUUCCACUGAAAAGAAAAAGAUUGAACAUCAAAAUAUUGGUUAA